AUGCAUCUAUCGAGUGAAGUGAGUUCGACUACAAAUGGGUUGGGCCAUGAGGCGCCGUCUUCUAGUUAUGGUAACGCUUUGCCAAGUCAACCGCUGACGGCAGAGCUACUGGCAGAGAGAACGCUGGAAGGUCUGCUAGCUGAUCAUCCCGGCGAGCUAGUCAAAACCGGCUGCCCUCAUGUAGUUUGCACAGUAUUGCCACCACACUGGCGGUCAAAUAAGACGCUACCAGUGGCAUUUAAGGUGGUAGCCCUUGGCGAUGUUGGUGAUGGCACGUUGGUGACUGUGCGGGCUGGCAAUGAUGAAAACUGCUCUGCUGAAUUGAGGAAUUGUACUGCAGUGAUGAAGAACCAAGUGGCUAAAUUUAAUGACUUGAGGUUCGUCGGUAGAAGCGGCAGAGGAAAAUCCUUUACGUUGACGAUAAUGCUGGCGACGUCACCACCUCAAGUAGCAACCUAUCAGAAGGCGAUCAAGGUCACAGUAGACGGUCCAAGAGAGCCUCGCUCGAAGACCCGUCAUCAUGGAUUUCACCCCUUCCAUUUCGGUCCACGUUUCGCACCAGAUCCACUUAUGGGGUCACUACCUUUUAAAUUAUCAGGUAUAGCUCAUCAAUUAGCUGGUCUGCCCGGUGGCGAGUGGGGAGCGCUCGCUCGUCACUAUCCGCCGCCGUUACUACCUACACAUGCCCAUUUUACACCACAUGUCCUACCACCAGCGCACGCGCAACACCACACAGUCCCACCACCGCCACAUGAAACAGAUUUAGCAUCAGAUAAUCCAACUACGAUGCAUCCUCACAGCACUACUAGUCCCGUUAAUUCAAGGCCAAGUUCACCGCAAGACGAUGACGAUAUAUCGGUUACCGCUUCCAGCAGCCCGCCACCUGAUGAUCGUCCAGGAGCUUUUACUUCAGUUACGAGGCCGAGGAAACCACUUCAGCCUCUUCCAGCACCAUCUAGUCUAUUCCAUAGCGCUUUAGCAGCGCAAUUAUUCCUUAACUCGCCACUCCUUCCAACACCACCCGCUUGGUUGUACUCCCAACUCUACGGAGGCUAUGAUUGGUGGCUCAGACCUCCACCACAACAAGACGAUUCAAAUUCAAGUCCCGAUAGAGAAGAAGAAGCUGGCUCCACAGCAUCCAGCUCGACGAAAAAAAGACCCGCCUCACCAGAAUGGACGGACCAAGGUGUUAGAACUCGCAGCAAAUCAUUAAUAACUUCAGAGCGAAGACCGGUCGAUGUGUGGCGCCCGUAUUAAUAAGAGUUUAA